GCACACGCUGACUACAGUGGCUAGCUUGAUGUACUUUGAAAGUUAACUAUGGGUACGUGGUAGGUACCUUGUUGUUUGUUUCCCUACGUUAAUGAGUUUCAAACUUUAUAAAGAUAAUAGUUAAAGGCCAGCGGGACACUCAGGAUGCUUCCUCGCAGGCAGGAGGUCGGGAUAAAACGUCCCGGAGGAGGACGCAGCAGCUCGGUUAUAAAUUUCAGGACGACUGUGAGCUCGGGUUCGGUCCGCCGCAGCUCCGCCGUUUUACCGUCUCUGCUCACGUUCCUGGUGAUCGUGGCGUCCGGGGGCCUGCUGCUCAUGAUAGAGAAAGGACUGCUGAACGGUAUGGAGACGCCUCCACCGCGGGGGAGCAGCGGCCGGCGGCUGGAGCUCCUCCGGCGGGAGGACGGGAGGCACAGCCCGGCCGCUGAAGACGUGGACUCCCAGAUCAUCCAGGAGAUCAGAAACAGGACCAUCAGGACUGUGUGCAGCCAGAAGAACAUGCCGCACAACAUCUGGACCCUGAGCCCGCUGCAGAGGAAGACGCUGCUGCAGCACGUCUUAGUCAACGACAAGCACCGCUUCCUGUACUGCUACGUGCCCAAAGUGGCGUGCUCCAACUGGAAGCGGGUCCUGAAGGUCCUGAGCGGCGCUCUCGAGAGCGUGGACGUCAACGUCAAGAUGGACCACCGCAGCGACCUGCUGUUCCUGUCCGCUCUGAAACCCGAUGAGAUCCGCUACCGCCUGGAACACUACUUCAAGUUCAUGUUUGUGCGCGAGCCCAUGGAGCGGCUGCUGUCAGCGUACAGGAACAAGUUCGGAGAGAUCGAGUCGUACCAGAGGAAGUACGGUGUGGAGAUCGUAAAGCGGUACAGGAAAGGCCGCGCGAAGGACGCCUCUGUAACCGGAGACGACGUGACCUUCGCGGAGUUUGUCCGCUACCUGCUGGACGAGGACGUGGAGCGGAUGAACGAGCACUGGAUGCCCAUCUACAACCUGUGCCAACCCUGCGCCGUCUCCUACGACUUCAUCGGCUCCUACGAGCAGCUCCACAGCGACUCAGAGUUUGUGCUGCAGCGAAUCGGAGCGCCCCCCUCUGUCCACUUCCCAGAGAGACAGACGUGGUACAAACCGGUCACCACGGAGACGUUACACUACUACCUGUGCAGCUUGCCUCAGAAGUUGCUGAGGGAACUGCUACCCAAAUAUAUUUUAGACUUUUCCCUCUUCACGUAUCCUCUCCCCAACACGACCACUCAACACUGUCGCCAUUAAACAAUCCUUUAGAGAGCGCAGAUUAUUUUUUAUAGAGAAUCAUUGUACUAUUUUUUAUUCUUAGAGAACAAGCAGUGUUUUUAUAGCUGUUACAUAUUUUCACCUGAUGGUUUAAAUAUUAUUGGAAAAUGCUGAUUUUUUGAAAGUUUACUUAGAAACCACUAAAAGCUUGAGAUGAGCUGCGGACAACAGGAAACAAAAAGCAUGUCAAUCACAGGGAUGCACUGUCUGUUACUGAUCAAACAUGUGGAUCAGGACUGGUCGAUUUAAAUCUAUUUGUACUUCUGUGAGCUGAACGCCAUGAAACCCGGAGCUCACUGAGCGCUUAUUUUCAACAAGGAAGAUUCAACCUGCUGUCACAGAGAGAACUGUGUGUGACAUUUGAUUCACCGACAAGUUUUAACGCUGCUUGCAACAUCUUUGAUGAUUUGCUAAGCCAUAUUAAGGGGGAGUUCCAGUACUUUAAACCUAGGCCCAAUGGGGUCAAAAUGACUGACUGGUAGAAAUGUGUUGGUGUUUUAUGGGUAGAUUCCAGUAGGUCCAAAGUUGUUGUUUUUGUCAUCGACAGGCUCAUAGUUAUUUUAAGUGUCUGACAACAUUAGACAAAGGAUCCUUACAGUCAUUUCCUUUUUUGUUGAUGUUUUUUUAAAGCAUAAAAAGCUGCAGAGUCACUCAUCGCAAAGCCACUAGAUAAUAUCGUGUAAGGGUAUUUUUUUACCUCACAGAUCACAGGAGCUGCUCGUUUUCCAAGUUUAUUCAAGUUACUUUGUGACUUUGCUUUUUUUUAAUGUUUAGUUUGACCCACCUCAAUAUUCAAGUAGUACACAAACUAACAAAAACAAAAGACAAGCGACUCACACGUCCUGAUAUCAGCUGGUAGUCAAAGCACAGGUGCUGGUAUCGGGGACUGAAAUAGUCGUUCUGUGUGUCCCUCAUUUCAAAGUGUUCCUGUCAUGCACUGUUACAAUUAAUGCACCAGUUCAGUAUGCAUCCAUAGAGAUGGCAAUAGGGUUACAAGACCAAACUUUGUAUCAUGUUUGUUUUGUCGUCCACACGUUGGAGAAGGUUCAUGUCCGUUUCCUGUGAGGGGGUUUUUCAGCUUCUUCCACUUUGUAAUAAAAGCUUCAUUUUAGAGACA